GUACGGCCUCUCUGGAGCAGCGCGCACGGGUGGAGGCGGGUGGAGGCUAAGGAGGAGGCGUGCACGCUGAUUUGAGGAAGUGAUGCGCUUCUUUUUAGCGAAUCACAGCUGUCCAGACGCGCACAACAGCGUCAGGAGGGCUGCGCCAGAGACAACCCUUUAAAUAAGACAAUCGGAGGCUGGAGAAGUUUGUUGCGUGCACAGGACGCACUAAAACAUGCAAAGUCACCCGAAGCCUCAGUUCGCCAGCUGGCUCAUAAAGCAGGUGGAGACGGGACAGUACUCUGGACUCCGCUAUGUAGGGCCCAACAGGUUCAGAGUGCCGUGGAAACACAACUCCAGGAAGGACUGCAACGAUGAGGACGGCAAAAUAUUCAAGGCUUGGGCAGUGGCCAGUGGUAAAAUCAGUGAUUUCCCUAAAGACAAGGCACGGUGGAAAACCAACUUUCGUUGUGCUCUCAACAACCUCCAUGAGCGCUUCAAGUUAAUCGCCGACAAUUCUAAGAACACAGAUGACCCCCACAAGAUUUACGAGAUAAUUAUCCCUGAAAGUCUUCAAAUGCAGAGCUCACAGGAGGACUACGAUCCAGACAUCUACUCCUCCCCCACAGAGUACUUCCCCUCAGGAUGUGACCUCAAUUUACUGAACACAUUUAAUGAACUGGACAUCAGCAGCAACAUGACUGAACAGUCAAAUCCCGCUGCUGUCCCAAACUAUCCUGGUGUCUUGGCUCCUGCAAAUAACAUCGAAAUUAUACCAGAGCCAAAUAUUUACUAUGAGCCACCUCCUACUCAUCCACCACAGGUCCCUACCAUAAACGACCUCGAGAUCUCCAUAUUCUACAGGAAAAGAGAAAUGCUAAAGACCAUUGUGACUUGUCAACAUCUACAGCUGCAUUAUCCACAAGAGACUCAGGAGCCCAGUGUCCAUGCUCUCUGCUUCCCCUCUACAGACGGCCUCACAGACCACAAACAGAUUCACUACACCAAUCGCAUCUUGGACAGCAUCCAGAGAGGCCUAACGCUCAAAGUGCAAGAGGAUGGGAUCUACGCCUACAGACAUGACCGGUGCCAUGUGUUCGCAAGCACCAGCGAUCAGACUGUGGCUCACCCGAAUCCCCAGAAACUGCCCCUGAACACCAUGACGCAACUACUUAGCUUCGGAAACUAUCUAAACGAGCUGAAAAACUUCGAGGAUAACAGCGGGCGCUCACCGGAAUAUACCAUCUACAUGUGUUUUGGGGAAAAAUUUCCAGAUGGCAAACCUCUGGACAGGAAGCUUAUUGUUGUAAAGGUGGUCCCACUCGCCUGCAGGUAUUUCCAUGAGCAGGCACAACUGAAAGGAGCGUCAUCUCUUCACAGCUCUAACAUCAGCCUGCAGACGUCAUACAACAGUCUAAUGGAGCUCAUCAACACAUACAUUGGUCUACCUACAGCGGAGGAGCCAGACCUCACACCUCUUAUGACCUCACAAUCACAAUAUUAGCUUAUAUUCCAUGCAUAACACAUUAGUAUUUAAAGGGGCUUUGACAACUGUUCUCAUAAAAUCUUUUUGCACUACAAUGUAUAUAAAGACUUCAUUAUAUGUACUAUGAUUUUUGAAAGGCAUCAGAUGGGAAUCUUUAUUUAGCUGCUCCCGUACGGGGGCUGCUAUAGUAAAUGUUUUAGCGAGCUUACUUAAGUAUGAACAGUAGAUCAAAUGUGAAUGAAUCUGUAAUAGUUACUUGUUUUUCAUGUGUAUUUUCCAUGUAAUGAAAUGAAUCUGCGUCUGUAAUAGUUAUGUUUUUUAUAUGUAUUUUCUAUGUUUGUAACAUGUCUUUGGGCUGCUGAAUAAAAUACUG